AUGGCAUCUGUUAAAGAUGAAGUGUCGGAGGUGGGUGAAGCAGAAGAUUUAUCGAGUGAUUUCUUUGAUGAUUUCUCCAAGGAUGACUUUAUGGAAGGUUUAAGUGUUCUAGACGAGUGUUCAGGGGAAGUAAAUGAACCUAACAGUGAAAUCGAGCAGAUGAGUGAAUUGCGGGAGCGAAUCAAUGAGACAGCAGUCAAUGGCGUCAAGGACCUUCGAGAGCUAAUUGGUGACAACCCCGACGAUGACGAUAGCAAGCGGAAGACUAAAAGGUCAAAAGGACGACAAAGGCUCUCAACAGAGCAUACGAACCUCGAAAAUUUCAUCAAGCCAGGGAGCAGGCGAGAUCUAAGUAAAACAAAUCAAGCUAUCAAAAAAGAUAAAGAAGUUAAAGUGCAACAGUUCCUAGCUAAGACUUUGGAGUCAGCCGAUGACCUUCGUCCACCCGGCACUGAACUAGAUGAAUACUAUGAAGAAUAUAAAAAGGAUGGUACCAAUAUUAGUGUUGAGAAAGAACGAAGAAAGCAUUCUAAAGACCCUUCACCAUAUCCUCAACGAUUACGACGUAGUCCACGGCGCAGUCCGCUACCAGACCCGCGACGGCGACAUAGUCCUCACCUCAGGCGAAGUUCUCGAGGACGGUUCAGUCCUAAGGGGCGGACCAGUCCUCGAGGACGUUUCAAUCCUCAUGGUAGAUACAGCCCAAGGGCAAGAUUUAGUCCACGCACUAGGUUAAGUCCGCAUGCACACCGUGUCAGUCCCCGAAUGCAAUACAGUCCCACACGGCUAUCAUCUCGUAACUUUACCCCCUCUUCGCUCUUGCAUUAUGUAAGACAUGGUAGUCCACAUAGGAGGAGUCCAGUUGGACGUAGUGUGUAUAGACGAAGCCCUGAACGUCAUAGCCCAAGACGACACUUACAUCGCUCAAGAUCACCUCAGAGGCGAGCUCCUCCACGAAGAUCACGCUCACGCUCGCGCUCCCGCUCCCGGCACCAAGCCAACCGUCAUGAUGAUAGAUUUCUGUAUCCAAAUGAAGGUGAACAUUUAUCUGGAUACUCUGUAGGAAAUCAAAUAUAUCAGUCAGAGCCAGCCAGCCAGCAGUAUGCUACUCAAAUGCAUCCUGAAUUUAGUGGAGGUACACCAGUAAAUUCAGGGUUCUAUCCACAGACUCCGGCUUAUGGUGAUGGCUUUCCUGAUCCCUAUAACUAUGGAAUACCUCAAGGUCCUCAGGUUAAUGUACCUGGGCCUGGAAUCAUGCCAAAUGUUAAUCAAGUCGCAGCUCAGCCCAUGUUGGUGCCAAAUGUAACACCAGUACCGGCUGCACCUGCCAUGGUCCCAGCUCCAAUUGCAUCGACAACAGACAAAACUACACCUUAUGAUGCUUUGGCACAAUUAGUUGCUGAGGGGAAAAUUUCUAAAGAGGACUAUCUUAAGCUCACUCCUCAUAAAGGUGUCGUCAGUACUGUGGAUACUAAGACUAGGGUCAUGGUCUUAUCUCGGUGCAGUCAAGCUUUGUCUAAGUUAAGAGAAAAAUUACUGCUACCCAACCGUUUAAUGAUACACAACAGGAUGAUUGGACCAGAUGACAAGCAUUUAGCGCCCAAGUAUUGUUCACCGCUCAAGCGACAAUUAGCCGCGGAAUUCAACUUCACGAAGGGAUCGAUAUCUCCAACUCAGCAAACCAAACAACUCGUCGAGAGCAUUGUCUCCACUCUUGGACUGGAUAAAGUCGUCUCAAAAUAUAAAAAGAAGCUUCCCAAGGAUAUGAAGGAUGCAGUAGUACAAACAACAAAACCUCAAUGUGAUAUUUGCGAGAUACGAGAAUCUACAAAAUAUCGUGAUGUUGGCACUUCUACUGAGCCUGAAUAUUUUUCCUCUACUGUUCAUACACAAGUUGUGGAACAAGAUUUAGUUAGUUCAAAGUCUAUUUUUAAUCCAAGUGGUAGCGUUGGAGAAGGAGCUGCUAUCUCCAUUGCACAUCUGACUCCAGCACAGUUGGUAUCCCAAUUGGCCGCACGAGCGAAGACCCUGAAGCAGCCACAGGAGCCUCCUCCACCAAUCCAGUACCCUAGAAGACCGCCAUCGAGUUAUGAUUAUGACAACAGAGGGGGCCAAUAUCACCACUCUUAUAAUAAUUAUCGUUAUUAA